AUGGAGUCUUGGAAAAAGGGCACUGAUUACUGCUCAUGGGAUGGGAUUACUUGUGAUAGGGUGAAGGGAAACCUGAUUGGCUUUGACCUCAGUUGUAGCUGGCUUCAAGGCACCAUCCCUCCCAAUAGUACCCUCUUUCUUCUCUCUCACUUGCAAUAUCUCAACCUUGCUUUCAAUGACUUUGAUUUUUCAUUGAUUUCAUCUGGGUUUGGUCAAUUUACUAGGUUGAGAUAUCUUAACCUUUCAGGUUGUGUGUUUUCUGGCCAAGUCCCACUUCGUUUAUUGCGCCUCUCCCUAUUGGCCUCACUAUAUCUCUCUCAAAAUCAUUUUGUUAGUCUCGAAACAUUUGUUGUUAGAAGGCUUGCUAAAAAUUUGAAGAUGCUAAGAGAACUUCAUCUUGAUUUGGUUGACAUGUCUUCUGUUUCACUUAGGUCUUUGAUGAAUUUUUCUUCUUCAUUGACAACACUUAGUCUCUUUAACUGUGAAUUGCAAGGGACAUUACCAGUUGAUAUUUUUCGCCUACCAAACCUACUUACGCUCACUUUAACAUCUAAUAUUGAACUCAGAGGGUUUUUUCCAUUGGUAAAUUUGACAAGUCCCUUAAGGUUUCUGGAUCUCUCUUACACUAAUAUCUCGGGAGAAUUACCAAAAUCAAUUGACAAUCUAAAAUUCUUAAGGAAUUUGGGAUUACAUCAAUUCAAUUUUAAUGGCCCAAUAAUUGCAUCACUCGGUAACCUUACACAACUCACUGAUUUGGAUUUAUCUGACAACCAUUUUAGCGGUGAGAUACCAUCAUCACUUUCAAACCUCAAGAUGCUCUUAUACUUGGGUCUAGAAUAUAACAAUCUCAAUGGUUCAAUUCCCUCAUCAAUUGGGGACCUCACGAAAGUUACUCAAAUUUUCCUCCGAUCUAACUACUUCACCGGUCAAAUUCCAUCACUUUCAGAGCUAAAGGAUCUCAAUCUUAUUGACCUAAGAUUCAACAACCUUAGAGAUAGAAUUCCUAAUUUUUUGACCAACCUCACAAGACUCACCAAAGUUUACUUGUCUUAUAACCAACUCACUAGUCAAAUUGAUGAAUUCCAAAAGCUUGAUAUUUCAUCAAAUGACUUGAGUGGCAUUGUGGAAUUUGAUUAG